AUGUGUGUUGCAGCAGACGUGUUGUUGUUGCUCGCAGGCGCUUGUUUGCGAGCAGUGCUGUUGUCGCAGGCAGGCGCGUGGUUGUCGCAGCAGACAUGGUUGUUGCUGCCCAGGCGUGUGUUGCAUGCAGACUGUGAAGUGUUGUCGCAGCAGGCGUGGUGUGGCCAGGCAGGCGUGUUGUUGCAGCAGGCGUGUUGUCGAGAGCAGAGACGUGUUGUUACAGACGAUGUGUGUUGCCAGACCGUGGUGUUCAGCAGACGUGCUGUUGGCAAUGGCAGCGUGUUGCAGCAGACGGUGGUUGUUUGCAGCAACGUGUUGUCGCUGCAGAUGGUGUUGGUGCAGACCCGUGUUUGUCCCAGCAACGUGUUGUUUUUUGCCCAGCAGAGCUGUGCAGCAGGACGUGCUGUGCAGCAGGCGUGUUGCGAGGCAGACGUGUUGUUGCGCAGAUGUCUAGUCGGUUGUUGCAGACAGGUGUUGUUUGGCAAGCAGACUGUCUUUGCAGCAGAAGUAGUGACGCAGCAGACGGUGUUUUUGUUGCAGCAGGGCGUUUGUUGCAGAGGCCAGGGAUUCGUGUUGUUGCUGCAGACGGGUUUGUUGCAGCAGACGUGUGUGUUGCAGCAGACUGUGUUGUUGCGCAGACGUGUUGUUGCAGCAGACGUGUGUGUUGCAGCAGGCGUGUGGUAUGAGCGAGGCGUGUAUGUCCUCAGCAGCGUGUUGUCGCAGCAGACCGUUUGUUCGGUGCGAGCAGACGGGGUUGUCGAGCAGACUGUGUUGGUUGCUGAGCGAGGCGUGCGGUUGCGAGCAGCGUGUUGUUACGCAGACGUCGUAUUGGUUGCAGCAGGCGGGUGGUUGGAGCAGCGUAUUGUCUUGCAGCAGGCGGUGUUGCCGCAGGCGUGUUGUCCGCCUGCAAACGUGUGGUCGCAGCAGACGUGUUGUCGCAGCAGAGCGUGUUGUUUCUGCAGCGUGCUGUUGGCGCAGGGCGUGUUUUGUUGCGUAGCAGACGUGUUGUUUGCUGCAGACGUUUGUUGCAGCAACGUGUUGUUGCAGGCUGACGUGUUGUUGCUGCAGACGUGUGUUGCAGCAGGCGUGUUGUUGGAGCAGGCGUGUUUGUUGCAGCAGCUGUGUUGUUUUCUGCAGACUGUUGUGGCAGCGACGCGUGUUGUUGAGCAGGCGUGGUUGUUGCUGCAGACGAGGUUGUUGCAGAAGAUGUUUGUGGCCAAACGUGUUGUUAGGCAGCAGACGUGUUGA